GCACGACAUGGACUCUACUUCACCAUUUGUAGCUCCGAUCCUGUUCAUCCCGAAGGAAGAUGGCGGACUACGAAUGUGUAUUGACUAUCGCGCCUUGAACCAGGUUACCAUCAAGUCUCGAUAUCCUAUCCCGCAUGCCGAAGAACUCAUCGACCAACUUCGCGGAGCCAACUUCUUCUCGAAAAUUGACCUGCGAGGCGAUUACCACCAAAUCUAUGUGAACGAAACUGACUACUACAAGACGGCGUUUCAGACCUGGUACCGGGGUUACGAGUACACGGUUAUGCCUUUUGGCUUAACAAACGCACCUUCGACGUUCAAGUUCACAAUGAACGAAGUUUUUUUGCCACUGGUGGACAAAUGCGUCAUCGUCCGAGCGAAAUUAUCUGUCCACAACAAGGAGUUACUCGCCAUCGUUCACUCUUUCAAAAUCUGGCACUGCUACCUGAGGGGUGCUGACGUGAUAGUCCGAACAGACCACAAGUCGCUACAGUUCAUCCGCGCCCUACCGACACUGAAUCCCCAACAGAUUCGCUGGCUCGACUACCUCAGUCCACACCGCCGCAGGGCCUAUUAUCUAAAAUCCUGUACUAGUUGGAUUUGGGUCUCCGCCUACCGUACCCUACGAGAACUACUAAUCCAGGAGGCACAUGACUCGAAUUUCUCGGGUCACUACGGCAUUGACAAAACCGCCAAAUUACUGAGACGUAAUUAUAACUGGCCCGACCUGCCGAGAAACGUGCAGCUGUACGUCACCUCCUGCGCCACGUAUCAACGCAUGAAGUCUUUCCGGCUUCGACAUGCUGGAUUGCUGCAACCACUCGAGCCACCCAGCCGACCCUGGCAACAGGUGACGAUGGAUUUCGUCACAGGUCUGCCAGCUGGUCCAAGCGGUAACGACGCGAUUUUCGUCGUCAUUGACCGGUUGACCAAGAUGGCCCACUUCGCCGCCUGCAGGACGACAAUUACUGCCGAGCAGAUAGGGAAACUGUUCCUCACGAACAUCGUGCGGCUACACGGCAUCCCCUCGGCAAUCAUCAGCAAUCGUGACCCAUGGUUCACGUCCAACUUCUGGACAAAAACCUUGCAGCAGUACGGCACACGUUUGCAUCUGUCCGCGGCGUACCACCCGCAAUCGGACGGCCAGACUGAGCGCAUAUGCAUGGAUCCGCGACGGCACGGCCCUUCAAGGGCAUCAGGAUAACUCUAUACUCAUAAUAUUCAUGUUUUUU